AUGAGCUCUGCAAAUGUGCUAUUUCGUCGGAAAAAAGACUAUAAGCGCGGGGUUGCGUAUUCCGUGCUACUAGUCGGGAACAGUGGGACUGGUAAGACCACGUUCGCCAAUAACUUACUUGAAAGUGCUGUUUUCCCUCAUCGAUAUGGGAUGGAGGCGUCGGAAGUGCCCAACAAUCCACGUGUUAAGGUGGUAAAGCCGACAAUGGUUGUAUCGUACAACUCUAAAAACGGUAUUCCAUCGUACAUGUCGCAAUUCGACGCAUCAAGAGAGCACUUGGAGCCAGGUGUUACCAUCACGUCGACAACUAUGGAGAUUUCUACCGGCGCAGAGGAGCCACCUUCGAGAUCUUCUGUAUCAAGCGACAGCUCAUCCUUUCUACAAAAUCCCGACAAAAUCCUUUUUAAUUUGGUCAACACUCAUGGCGUGGGUGAAAACCUUGACAACUCGAUGUGUUUUGAUGAAAUCACAGGCUAUCUGGAGCAACAAUUCGAUCAAGUACUAGCAGAAGAAACAAGAAUAAAGAGAAAUCCCAGAUUUGAGGAUACCAGAGUUCACGUGGCACUAUACUUUAUAGAACCAACUGGGCACGGUUUAAGGGAAAUGGAUGUCGAGAUGAUGAAGCGUUUGUCGCGCUACACAAAUGUGUUACCUAUCAUUUCGCGUGCUGAUUCCUUCACUAGAGCGGAGUUGAGUAAGUUCAAAAAGCAAAUAAUGAACGAUGUUGAAAAGUACAAUGUUCCUGUUUAUAAAUUUGACGUGGAUCCUGAAGAAGAUGAUCUUGAGACUAUUGAGGAAAAUCAGGGUUUGGCGCUCUUACAGCCUUUUGCAGUCGUGUCCUCAGAUGAAAAGAACUCCAACGGUGAAUAUAUCAGAUCUUAUCCUUGGGGUGAUCUAAAAGUGGACGAUGAGAAUGUGUCUGAUUUACGCGUAUUGAAAAACGUUUUAUUUGGCUCGCACUUUCAAGAGUUCAAAGAUACCACUCAAAACUUUCUAUAUGAGAAUUACCGUGCAGAAAAGUUGUCAACUGUCGCCGAUUGGGAUGUCGAUUCAGGAAAAGAUCUUUCCACUAAUAAGAGAGACUCUGCUGCUCCAAGUUUAUCUAAUUUUGCUUCAUUGAUAACUACAGGACAAUUCAAAUCUUCGCAAUCCUUGGCUAUUCCACCUCAAUCCGAUACUCCUUCGACGCCAGAGAUGAAUGAGCAUUCUAAAGAGGUCGAUUCUCCGCUAAGGCAAAUGUCUCAAAGUAUAAGACUAGGGAAUGAAGAGAUUAUCAAUAAGAUCAAGAACUCGCCACGCAUAAAUUCCUCGGGUUCACCUGACAGAACGAAACUCAGAAAUAUUUCAGAGACAGUUCCGUAUGUUUUGAAACAUGAGCGAAUCAUUGCCAAACAACAAAAAUUGGAGGAAUUAGAGGCUCAAUCUGCUAGAGAGCUUCAAAAACGCAUUCAAGAGCUCGAGAAAAAGGCAGGCGAAUUGAAGUUGAGAGAGAAGUUACUACGUCAGCAACACGCAAAUGGCUCUGCUCCAUCAUUGCAGUCUAGAAAUUCUACUCAAUCGGUGGUUUCGCAGCAGUCAAAAAUCAAAAAGGAAGAAAGCACCACGGAUCUCGCUUCUAUAGUCAAUGGUAGAUCGUGA